CUGCCCGACCACCGCGCCGCGCUGCGCCAGGUGUCGCGCUUCCUGGCCGCAGCCUUCUCCCCCGCCUUCCCGCACCAAGUGCUGGGGGUGGGCCACCGCGUGGUGCACGGCGGCACCAUCGGCGAGUCGGUGCUGAUCGACGAGCGCACACGCGGCGCUGUGGAGGAGGCCAGCAGGCUGGCGCCGCUGCACAACCCGCCCAGCCUGCACUGCAUCGACGCGGCGAGGAGCCUGUUCCCCGACUCCCCUCACGUGGCCGUGUUUGACACCACCUUCCACCAGACCAUGCCCCCUGAAGCCUACACCUACGCCCUGCCCACAGACCUGUGCAGGCAGCACGGCAUCCGCCGCUACGGCUUCCACGGCAUCAGCUACUCGCACCUAACAAAGGAGGCGGCCCGCAUGCUGGGCAAGCCGCCGGAGCACACCAACCUCAUCAUCUGCCACCUGGGCGCCGGCAACAGCAUGUGCGCGGUGCAGGGCGGGCGCUCGGUCAACACCACAAUGGGGCUCACACCACUGGAGGGCCUGAUGAUGGGCUCGCGCUGCGGCGACAUCGACCCAGCAAUCGUGCCCUUCUUAAUCGGCCACGGGUGGAAUGCGGGCGAGGUGGAAGACAUGAUGAACAAGCGCAGCGGCUUCCUGGGCAUGACGGGCAACAUCGAUGUGCGCAGUGUGGAGGACCGGGCGCUGGCUGGGGACGAGGCGUGCCAGCUGGCGCUGGCUGUCUACCUGCGCCGCCUGCGCAAGUACCUGGGCGCUUUCCUCGUCGACCUUGGCGGCCAGGUGGACGCCAUCGUCUUUUCGGCAGGCAAGGCACAAGGCCGGGCCGCUCGCCGGCCUCGAAUCGCCCUCUCGGGCCUGGAGUGGGCGGGCAUAGAGAUAGACCGCGCCGCCAAUGACGCCACCGUCAGGGGCAAGGCGGGGGAGGUGCAGGCAGCGGGCAGCAGGGUCAAGGUGCUGGUGCUUCCUGCUGACGAGCAGCUGGAGAUUGCAGAGCAGACG